AUGUCGCUUUCUUGCUUGUCCACUUCCACCAUCACCGUUCUUUUGAAACAACCUCUACACACAGCUAUUCGUUGUGCAUCCGUAUUGGCAAGCAUGCCACCUACCCCACUUUCAGGACAGCCACAGCAACAACCUACCACAUCACCAUUACCAACUCAUGAGCACAUUGUUACCCCAGCUUCGUCACCACUGACGACUCCUUCGAACAAUGCAUUCCAUCCCGAUUAUAUACCCAACCGUGUUAAAGCACGCCUCACUCAUGAUGAGCUCAAGCAAGUCCUCGAUACUUCGAAGAUGCUGUUGAAUCGUUUGCAAUCCGAGUAUUUGGAACAAGAAGGCCUUAAAGAUUCCAUCGCACAAAUGGCCAAAGAACAACAAGAACUCUUGAAGAUAUUAACUCGGAAUCGUGAGCUAUUGGGAGACGACGAUGGCAAGAAGAAAUGA